GCUCCUCUUUUGCCAUGAAUUCUUCUUCAAUUUUUCUGAAGGAAUCGUUCGAGCUCGCGUCAGGAUUGAGUUGGGCAAUUGCGAGGGGGAGCAAAUAAUCAUUCUCUCACGUUUUGUGCAAGAAUUACUACUUCGUGAUACGCAAGUUUGUGUGCGAGGUCGAGAGGAGGGAGUGCGUGAGUGAGUGAGUAGGUGAGUGUGGGUGUGGUGGACGUGCCUGCAGUUGUAUUAAAACAUGGAGGAGGCGUUUCGGAAGGAGGAUUUCGAUGUGGGUGUGAAGUCGAUGGAGAUGCGGCAGACGCCACCUUUCGAAAUUGCAAUAGUGAUUGAUUCCAAAAAUCUUGAAAGCAAAAGUCAUGAGUUUGGGGGAGAUGUCGUCGGACAUCUGAUCACAGAAUUAUCGAAUGCAGGCUUAAUUGUUGAGAAGGUUGAUGGCGCAAAUUUCCUCACAUUUCUCAAGAUUGGAGCGCCGGUGGACGUCAUUGGCAGGGAAGCAUCCAGACUGAAGCUCAGGAAGCCUACAAAUGUCGGACUUGACGUGGUAUUCGAUUGGGAGCGUCGGGACUCGUUUGUUCGACAACCCUUGGGGGAUGCACUUUUCAGCUGGACUGAACGCUACCAGUGCAUAAUCAGUAUCAUUGACUCGGUGUAUGGUCCUGACAACGUUCCGCUCGUAAAGAAAUUACAAGAUGGUGGGGUUAUCAAGGAAGUGAUGGCACUACAUCAAGAGCAGCAACGACAAUGGUUGCUAAAGCACUGGGCCUUGAGGUUUAUGGACCUGACACGCCAGCCCCUUGAUGUCCUGAGUGCAUACUUCGGUGCAAAGGUGGCGAUAUACUUUGCCUUCUUAGGAAUGUACACUAGAUGGCUCCUUUUCCCAGCUGCUCUUGGAAUUUUCUUGCAUUUUACAGAUCAAGGACCAAUGGAACCCGCAGUUCCUCCAAUUUACGCUAUGAUCGUCGUUAUUUGGGCUGUCGUGUUUCUUCAAUUUUGGCGCCGCCAGAAUGCAGCUCUUCAGAACAAAUGGGGGCUGAGUUAUGAGAGCGAGGAGAUUCAAACGAUCAAGUCAUUGACUCGAGAGCAGAGAGGGGUCUUGCUCCAAAAAACGUCACAACAACAGGCGUACGGCGCAAACGUCUCCGAACAAGAGGCACAGAUUUUGGGCAGAGAAGAGUGGCUGUCUCGUAUCCGGAGCGUCAAGAACAGCAUGAUCGCUGUUACAUGUAUUCUGUGUGUGCAAUUUCCUUUUGAGCUCCUUUACGCCCACCUCAACAAAUAUGCUCCUAACGACAUCAUCAAGUACAUUUUCACAGGAGUUUACCUUCUAAUAGUCCAGUACCUCACAAAGAUCGGAGGUCAGGUGGGCAUAGCGUUGACGAAGUCGGAACACUUGGUCAGCAAGGAGGCCGCUGCAAACAGCAUGAUAUACAAGGUGUUUGGUUUAUAUUUUUUUCAAUCGUAUAUUGGUCUAUUCUAUCAAGCCAUACUGCACAAAGACUUUAAUACUCUCCGAUCAAUGCUGGCACAGCGCCUAAUCGUGUCUCAGUUGAUGAGCAACGUGGUGGAGGAUUUGAUUCCUUACAUGACUUAUAGGUGGACGGAGUACAAGGCUAUGAAGGCUGACGCACAGAUUAAAAAAGACAUGGGUGAGAAGCCCCAUGACAGCCAUGACACCCAUAGCUUAUCCGUUGAGAAGGAGUUUUAUUCUCCCAAAUACGAAGCUAGUGUUGGGAAUGAAUUCGAAGACGGCCUUUUUGAUGAUUUCUUAGAGCUUGCCGUGCAGUUCGGGAUGGUGACCAUGUUCGCUAGUGCCUACCCGCUUGUGGCCAUGUUCGCCUUCAUGAAUAACUUGGUUGAGAUUCGCUCCGAUGCGUUGAAGCUCCUCGUUACCAUGCGGCGGCCGGCCCCGAGGCGACCAGCCUCCAUCGGAGCGUGGUUGACCAUCUUCCAAAACCUUGGAGUGGUGGCAAUUGUCACAAACUGUGCAUUGCUGGUGUGCCUUUACGACGACGCUGGCCGUUGGAAGAUCGAGCCAGGCCUAGCGGCCAUUCUCCUACUGGAACACUUGCUGCUUCUCGCCAAGUUUGGAUUCUCGUGGUUUGUUCCUGAGGAACCUGCAUGGAUCAAAGCUCGCCGUAUCAAGAAGGCCUUCAUUCAAGACCAUGUGUCUCACCGGCUGCUUGAGAUGCUGGAGAAGAACACAGAAGAUGAAAUUUUGCAUGAUAUACAAAACCCAAUGUUAGGUUAGUUUCUUCAUAAUUUGCCACAAUGAUAUAGUUUUAUUAUACAGGCAGAACGCAAGCAGUGUUCCAGUUUGGUUUUCAGAGAUUAAAGUAGAUUUGGAAUAGUGCUUCGUCAUGCAGUCAUUCGCUCUCCACCUGGGUUAUUGUAUAAUUCGAAAUCCUGUACCCUUUAAUUCUUUAAUAACUACUGUGUGUGUGUAUAUAUAUAUAUAUAUAUAUAUAUAUAUAUCUAGUUAGUGUAAAA